UCCCAGGAAGCCCGCCUGUGUCCCACCAACGCCCGACGACGUUCGACUCCCGACAGCGAUGCUGCGAGGAGGCGCUGCGCCGUUUCGCCAACGCUCUUUCCAGUGCGGGGUCGAGUCUACCGGAACGCUCGAGGGUGCAUCGAGUUAAGCAAACAACGAAGUGCUGGAAGUAUACAAGAAGCCACUUGUGGCGCGUGCAUUUGACGCCGAGGCUUAAGUGCACCGCGGCGACCCACUUUGUGCAACGUCUCGUGUACCAGGUGACUCUGCAAACAAAGCACUUGUGAAAGUAACCCGGGGAAAAAGGGACUGUACCAGAAGGCUCUACCAGCACCACUGCGAGUAAUUGGAGUGCCGCGUAAAGGAAGUGUGAGAAAGGCUAGCGCACCACGUGAACCUUGCAAAAAGAACCGACGAAUCUUGCUAAGUCCUUUGCGACCAAACAAACUUCACGCUACGAAGAUGCAUGCUGCAGAUAGCUUUUCCCGACCACCAGCGCCGCAUACCCACGUUCAAACGUCUCUGUAGGCCUACGUUCAUCCUGCAUACGCGACUCCUGGUGCUUGAUUUACAGCUUUGGCUUAGGAGACUCGGCAAAGUCUAGAUGAGACCCGCUACAGGCCGUACAACGUGACGUCAUGGUAACCCAUCAGAAAAACUUUCGCUAAACAAACGAAGCUGCAGCUAACCAUUCACAGAAGUCUGAAAAACAUUUCUCGUCGGCAGUGGGAUCGAAAUAGCGCAGGUUAAAGUUUGACAUGUACACUGACACUGGCUGCAAACUGUCGGACAUGACUGCUCCCGCGAACCCCGUGCAAUUUUCCUUGUUUGCCUUCCUAUCUGUGUUGGGUAGUGCGGUGAAUUUGGCCACGGCUUGGGCCUUGCUCAGAGACGCACGACUCCGCGGUCGGGCGACCAGUUGCUUCCUGGUCAACCUGUCGCUGGCAGACCUGGCCUUCAGUCUGUUCAAUGGGCCCUUGGAUUCGGCCGUCUUCUAUUACGGCGACUGGACGCACGGCCAACGCCUCUGCGUAGCGGCCGCCCUGGUGCGCCAUGUUGCUGUGGGCAGCUCGCUGGCCAGUAUCCAGCUUAUCACGCUGAACCGGUACACCAGCGUUGUGAAGCCGAGGUCUUACGCCCGCAUCUUCAGCCCCGGCAGCUGUCUCCUGUUGGCCUCCGUGUGCUGGGUGCUGCCAGCGGGACUGCUGCUGCCCGCCGCACUUGGGGUACCCGGCGCCAGCUUGGGCUGGGACAAGAGGCUCCAGAGCUGCACCGUCUUGCCCAGUCCCGUUUACCGGCCCGUGAUCUACCUGGGAUCGGCGCUGUUGCCACUGCUGCUGUUUGCCGCCUGCUAUCCGAGACUCUUUCUGGCUCUGCGCCACUCGCGUCGAAGACUGACAUCACACAUAGGAACGCUGCAGUCGAUAGCGAUGCAGCCUUCGACGAGCGCUCCGGACUUGAGCCGGGAGCCGAUGCAGCCGGCACGUUCAAACUCGAUCUGCGCGGGCCGCGGUCGAGAGCGUCAGCUGCUCGGGGUGCUGGGCGCCAUCCUGUGUUCCUUCUGCAUCUGCUACCUGCCGCUACUCAUCAGCGUCGGACUGAACCAGACGCCGCCACUUCUUGUGCACGGCCUGUUCUACGCGGCGCCGUGCAUCAACCCGCUCGUGUACGUAGCCAUGAGCCGGGACUAUCGGAGGGCGUACGCGGCCCUCUUCUGUUGCGGUGGCGGUGACGGCGGGAAUUCGAACGAGGGUUGACCUGCGAAGCCGUAACUGGAGUCGGUGACAAGGCGACGGAAAACAUCGAAGCGUUUCUUUCAAGUUUCUUUGGUGUGAGCCGGUGGAAUUUGUCCUUGACUGUUACCAGCCUGGCGUUAUUGCCGGAGGAAAAGAAGACCAUUACACCAGAGGCCCUAGUCUUUGUAUUGCUGCAAAUGAAUACGCGCUCAUUGGAGUCCACUGUGCAAAGGACAACUCUAUUGAUGAACACACGGUGACCGGUGCAUUUGAGUGGAGUUACUAUUCUAGGGCCUCGUUGGCUUCUGCGGCUCGCCGGGCAUCAUGGAGGAAGAGGCAUGGUCGAAGGUUGCCAGCUGGGCACCAAGUCCAGUUUGCAGAGUCGCGUCUCCUACGGUCGGUUUGCGAGUGAGUCCGUGAUCAGAACGUACAGUGCGAACAUUUGCAAACUUGACAUGUGGGAUUGAUUGUUUGUGCAAUUCCAUGAUGUUUAACGAAAUUGUGACGUCUACUCGAAUGAUACGUUCUUUCGCGCUGUCUUCUCUUUACCAUGAAUAUUAAGUUAUCAAGCCGGAUGCCCGUGUCAUGUUCGUGUGGUGCAUGACCUCUUAAAAGCAGCGCUGCUGGUUGGCGUGCGCAUAAGCCAUGGCUCCGUGACUCGCGGUUCUCCGCACUCGUCAGACACCUUUUGUCUGGCGCAGCAUAGCCUCAGUUGCUUUGGCGCCACAAAAAAAAAAC